AUGACUGGCAGCAAGCACCUGCGCAUCACAGAAACUGGGCUUUCAAACAGUGAGGAUACAGCGGAGACAAUAGCAAUAGAGCCUAACAAUCAGCCGAAGUCUCCCCUGGAAAAGUUUAUGGUCAGACUGUGUACACAUCACCAGAAGCAAUUCAUUCGUGUGCUAAACGACAUCUACACGGAAGUCCAGCCAGGCUGCGAGGGCCGGCCAUUACCUGAAUCCGAAAACAUGGAUGCAGCUACUUGCAGCUCUGGUUGUAGCCAGCAAAGCACUGAAAAUUGGAAGAAGUCUGCUCCCUGUUCUGAAUUGAAGCCCCUUACUUCCUCAGACUCAGACAGAGACCCAGUGGCUCUUCAUAGCCCUUUGCGUGCUGCAGGGCAACCCUUGGAGCAGCACGCAGAGGUGAAAUCCAUGAACAGGAUGGAGAAUUUCAGUUCUGCUUUCAAAAAAGACUUCUCUGAACACUCUGCUACUAGAAGUAGUUCUGUUAGUCCAAAGGAUAGUUCCACCCAAGGAUACCUCACCACUUCGAACUCUUCCUCACUUCACUUCCAUCCUGGCACCAGGAGCCCGGAAGGACAAACCCCUGGACAGGAGCAAGAGUCUGGUGUCAGAAAGUGUGAGGAUGACAAAGACCAGAUCCAAGGCAAGGCCUUAGCAGACGGCUACGUUGCUGUCAAAGUGGCCCAUGUGAACGGCAGUGAGGACAAGUCAGACAGCUGCCUGGGCUCUCAGAAGAACUCUUCCAAAGCUUUCCCAGAAGAGGGUUGGGAUUCAGGGUUUCCAGUGAACUCUCCUAGAAGAGCUGACAAGGAGAACGCUUUACAGUGCAGCUCCAAAGCCUCUUUGCACCAGGAUUUAGAAAUAAACGAAGAAGAUGCAAGACCAAAGCAAGAAAACCAUCUCCAUGCCCUGGGGAAGGCUAAGGGGGGCUACCACCCGCAUGCUGGCGACAAGAAUCCACGUGAGCAUGCCAGAGACGGAUGGGUGGCCUCUGCCCCAGUGCCAGUGAUGCACAAAGCCUCCAGUGGGCGCUCACGAGCUAAGGCAGGGUCCUCAGCCGUCAGAACAGCUCGGAAGAACAAAAGGGCAUCGGGGCUGAGAAUAAACGACUAUGACAACCAGUGUGACGUUGUCUACAUCAGCCAGCCAAUAACUGAAUGCCACCUGGAGAGCCAGCGGUCAGUGUCGUCCCGGAGGACAGCUCGGAAGAGCACCCGCGGGUAUUACUUCAACGGUGAGUGCUGCGAGCUGCCAACUGUCCGCACGCUGGUGAAAAGCUCCCGGGUGGGGCCGGCACUGAGGCCGGAAGCUAAGCAGAGCCCGGCGCGCUCCGGAGGCGAGCCUUCGGGGGCAGCCCCAGCUGGGCGGAAAGAGGCUGACAAAAGAGCUUCCCUCAGGCUCCUGUCCAAAGGGGCUCCCCCCAGCAGAGAAGCUAACGAGAGAGCCGAAAAGGAGCCCAGCGAGGGCGGCUCGCUGGAGUCAAGAGAAGCUGCUUACACUGAGCCACUGCUGGCUCUCUCUGCUCCCGCCUGCCCUGACAAUGCACCAGAAGGCGGCUCGGCCACCACGCAGCCUCUAGCCAUCGGCCCCUCUGCUGCUGAAGGAAGUGAGGAGAGGAUGUGCCAGCUGCUGGAAGAGGUGGAGGCAAAUGUUCUUCAGCAAGCUAGCAGCAGUGCUGACCUGGCUGGGGACUGUGAGCCCACAGAAGACAGCAGCAGGGAGGCUACAGAUUCGACACCUCUUUCUCCGCCAGAAGCUGCUAGUAGGGAGGAAGGUUCUCCAAGCUCAGAAAUACACGUUGUUCCGGCGCCUCCUGCCAGCCUGGACCCGGCGCCUCCUGCCGGCCUGGACCCAACUCCUCCUUUGCAGCUUCCUACCAGUGCAGAGCUGGUGCACCAUGCAGAGCCUCCUGCCAGCAUGGACCCAACUCCUCCUUUGCAGCUUCCUACCAGUGCAGAGCUGGUGCAUCAUGCAGAGCCUCCUGCCAGCAUGGACCCAACUCCUCCUUUGCAGCUUCCUACCAGUGCAGAGCUGGUGCAUCAUGCAGAGCCUCCUGCCAGCAUGGACCCAACUCCUCCUUUGCAGCUUCCUACCAGUGCAGAGCUGGUGCACCAUGCAGAGCCUCCUGCCGGCCUGGACCCUGAGCCUCCUGCUGGAGUAGACCCAGAGCUGGCUGGAGCACUUCCUGGAGACCCCCCAACUAGUUCAGACCUGGAGCUUCCUGCCAUGCCCCCUGCCAGCAUGGACCUGGAGCCUCCUGUGCAGCCCCCGGCGAGCUUGGAGACGGAGCCCCCGGCGAGCUUGGAGAUGGAGCCCCCGGCUAGCUUGCAGUCUGCCGAUGUGACCACAAGCGUUCCUGCUGACCCACAAGCUGCCGUAAGGGAGGUGCAGGAAAGCCCACCUGAGCCAGGGGAGGCCAUGCUGACUCUUGCAGAGCUCAGUGGAAUCUUGGCAGGCGAGACUGCCCCAGAGAGCAGCAGGCUGUGUGAGAGAGAGAACGGUGAUGGCGAAAUGCCAUCAGGACCUGACACUUCAGAAACAGAUGGUAAAGGGACCGGCUUGUCCAAAGAAAGCCCAGAGAAGAAGCAAAAGAAAGGCAGGAGAGCGCUCGUAGCAUCAGACCGGCGUCUCCGCAGCCAGCAAUCCCAACCACCCACAGAAGGCAGUGCUGAAAAGUCUGGUUCUUCCACCUCUCUGCAGCUUCCCUGUCUUCAGAUUAAGCUUUCUAAAAGUCCCGGUGCAAAGCGUUUUAGGAGGGAGGUGCACCUUGAUGGAGCAGCAUCCGUGUGCUUCCCAAAGGAUUGUUUCCACAAAACACUGCUGAAGAACAUCCAGGGCCCAGGCACCGGGAGUGCUCUAGAGAGAGAGCCCGUGCAGCGGGGAGGAGAUGAAAAUGGCAUUACUACUAGGCAAACCUAUAAAAGCAUGUUGGCAAAAGAGGGUGCAGCAGAGAGAGAAGGGUCAUCAAAAGAUGGCCCCCCUGCUAAAGCCAGCCAUAGUAAGUCAGGGGAGAUGCUUGAGAUCUGUGUAGAGGCUAAUUCUGAUAAGAGAAGUGUUCUCCUUCCUAGGGAAAGUGGAACAGGUGUACAGGAUGCAGAGCGAUCGGAUGAGAAACCAGGUGAUGUGGAGAACCCAGACCAUGCUGUAGAUGCUGGAAAGGUACAGUAUAAAGAUCUGACUGAUUCGCCUACAGGUCCCAGUAGCAAAAGUGGAAGCAAACACGUCCCAUCCAAGACUUGGAAGCAUAAAAAGCUGGCCCUCCCAGUUUACAACUUGAGACACACCCCUACACCUGUGGACACUGCAAAAAAGAAUCUUCCAGGGAAGGAAGUUCUGCAAGCAAAUCCAAGCCAGAAGGAAGAACGCAGUUCAGGGAACAAAGACACCAUAGAUUUGAAGGAGGUGGACGCAGUGGCUGAGGACAAACCAAAGUUUGUGGAGUGGUGUGCUGAGGAAGAGAAUCAGGAGCUUAUUGCUGACUUUAAUGCCCAGUAUAUGAAAGUUCAGAAAGGCUGGAUUCAGUUGGAAAAAGAAGUACAGCCAGCCCCCAAAGUAAAGAACAAAGCUGACAAGCUGAAAGAGAUUUGGAAAAGCAAGAAAAGAACCCGGAAAUGCAGGGCAUCUCUUGAAGUUCAGAAGCUUUCUCCUGUCCAGAUGCUGUUUAUGAAGGCCUUCAAGUUAUCCAACAUUUGCCGUUGGUUCUUGGAGACAACUGAAACCAGGUCGCUAGUCAUUGUGAAGAAACUCAAUACCCGUCUCCCCGGAGAUGUGCCCCCCAUCAAGAUCCCCCUGCAGAAAUAUUGUUCUUCCAGCCUGUAUCCCAGCUCACUGCAAGCUGAACGCUUGAAAAAACACCUCAAGAAAUUUGCUGCAACUACCCCUGCUAAAAAUAACUUGAAGAAUCAAAAGUUAUGGGCCAGGCUUCGGGAGAACGCUGACAGUACGGAGCCCGGGGAAGCCGCCAGUCCCAACCGGAUGUCUCCUUGUGAGACGAGCUCAGAAGAAGCUGGUGAAGACAGAAACGUGCAGCCCCCUCCAAGUCUGCCAACGCAGGCUAGCACUAGGAUUCUGCGGAAAUACUCCAAUCUGCGGGGCAAACUGCGAGCCCAGCACCGCCUGGCAAAGAACGAGAGAAAGGGGGAGAGUGCAGCUGAUCAUCCCUCCGUGGAAAGUAAGCAAAGCCGGAAGAGCGUCUGCAUCAACCCGCUGAUGUCUCCAAAGCUGGCCUUGCAAGUCAAAGCAGAUGUGUUUCCUGCUAAGUCCAUGCGAGCGGAAGCAGCGGUAAAGGGAAGAAAAGGGAAAAGCAGGUCCCAGGAGGACUCCUUGCCCAAAGCUGACCCUCAGCCAGGCAGAAAGAAGAGAACGCUGCAGGAGGGCAGUGCUGUGCCAGAGCCGUCUCACUCCUCCAGUAAAGACAGGCUGCCAGCUAAGAAGGGCAGCAAAGUAAAACAUUCCGAGGGUCCUCCGAAAGCUCCUGCUACCAGAAAGCAGGCUGCCAUGGAAAGAAGCAGUAAGCUCGAGAAAAAGGUGUCUUCGAAAGAGAAGAGAGUCCCGAAAAGGCAGCUUGGCAAAGGCAGACUCCCCAUCCCGAAAGUCAGAGAGAACCCCACCAAAAGAGCUGCAGCCCCACCCAGCCAGGAAGGGCUCACAAAAUCUGCAAAGCCGAAGCCUGCGGGGGAGCCCUCUACCAGGUCACAGAAAGCAGCCAAUAAGAAGCCCAGCAGUGGGAAAACUCUGACCAGGUCUAUGAAGAAAAUUCAAGAGAGCAGCACGUCCCAGGGCAAGAGAAAAUUAAGGGCAAAAGUUGACUGUUCACACAGCAAGCGAACACGACUGGAUGCAAAAUAACCAAGAGAAUGGUAGCCGUGGAAAAACUGUUGUAUAGUAGUAACCCUUGAUCAUGCAUUAACUGAAGCUGCUUUUAUAAGCUGUAGCAAGCCUUCAAAAAUCCACAGCUAAAGGAUUACACCUGGGAUUUUAGGCAUCGGAAGGUGUGUCUCAGACAGAGAGGAGAGCCGUCUGUCUCUACUGUUGAGGGAAGUUACUGCAAUUCGAAUGUUCCUUGGAUUUUAAGCUUGGAACCAGGCAGUUUUAGUUAAAAGUACAGUGCCUUAUUUAUCAUUUUUAAACAAAUAAAGAAAAAAGCUAGUCUGUGUGAUUUAAAGGCUUGCAUUUUAUACUUGAUGCACAAGCACUUGUACUGUAGCAGAAAGGAAACCACCUUCAUGCACAUAAAGUAGCUUUCAGCAGCCUCUUGAGGGGCAUGCACACAAACCCUUCCCUUUGCAUUAAACAUCCUGACUGUGUGUUUGUGAGUGACAUUGGAAGCAAAACCAAAAGCAUUUCUCUUGUAGCCAGAGAGGGAAGGGGUAAUUGGUCAUUACUCCGUUCAUUAGCAGCAGGUAACUGUUUAAAGAUAUUAAUUGUUGGCUACUUGCGUGUAAUUUAUGGUCUUUAGGGUUAGACAGCGAUUUCUGCUCUGCUGCUUCUUAAGCCUUGAGGUGGUGUGGUCUGAUCUAAACCGCCGUGGCAAAGGGGUCACUGCUUGGAAUAUUGCCGCUAGUUCUGUAGCAUCUACAGCUGUUUGCAGGCACAGUGGGCUAAGCUCAUCCUUGGGGCUCUCCGGUAUGUUAGGGAUGAAUUGGUCCCACGGUGCCUUACUGUUGGGCAAAACGCCCUCUCCAAUCAGCGUUUUGUUUCAUAGCACCUGGAUCCAUGUUGAUUUCUGCUUUCUCGGACGGUAGCUUUUCACUAAUAAUCGGGUAUUUUCCUUCCUGUGAAAAGCCAGGGCAGAUUUCCACUUGUUAUUUAGUCAGUCUGUGUGAAAGGGAUAUUUUUACCCUCCCCACGUUGUCUUCCCCCACCCGCACAGAACACCUGUAUUUUAAGGCAAAAUUCUUAAUGUCAACUUUGAAUAAUGCUGAGAUCUAAAGUCUCUGAUUCCUUUUUUUUAUUAACUUCAAUCUCAUUUUAAAAUAAAGUGAAGCUGUUUUGGUUCCAGCCAGCGUUGUGGUGUGCUGUGGAGUCUAGGAGCGGGUAGUUCCCUUCAUCGUCAGAGCAGCCCAGGCACUCUGUACACCCCGCCUUGCAAACAUAGCCUUGAAGGUCUAAUCAACACACACCUUGCACUGCUUAAAGGUCAAGCAAUAGUUUCCAGUGGAGAACCACGAAGAGUAACAGCUGAUACGCGCAGGAAAACCUGUUAGAAAUUCAUAGAAUCAUAUUCCCACCGCAGACACUGGCGGUGGAGCUAAUUGGGGUGGGGGUGGGGAGUUGAAAAUUUCCGCCCGCCCCUUGUGUAAGCAGCUGUAAGAUGAUGGCGUCAGCUCCCACUCUGUGCCCAAGUUUAAAAGCUCAAGGCCACUCAUUUUAUUUCAAAAGCUCCACUCCGAGCCGGUACAAAAGAAGGGCUGUUUGCACAAGUUUCUAAGCAAACUUCCUUCCAUUCACUAGGUUCAGCACCUGAAAUGUGAUUGUGAAGGCUCUGAAAUCUCCUGACCUUUGGAGAAUAGCUUCCAGCCGCCAUUGUCCUGGCGCGAUCGGAAUAUACAUGCAGAUCUGUGUUGUACCAACCAGCUUAAACGAGGCUCUCCCCUCCGAGAGCGUUACAGGAGCAUGCCUCUUGGGCCGUGGAGAGGGCGGCCUUGCAGAGGAAUUGAUUUUCACGGUUAGCGUUGAACCUCAGAUACCAAAGCUCAUUAUUGGAGGCAGAAAGUGGAUAAUUAAUUGUCUUCAAUCUCUUGCUGGAUCCAUUUAGCACAGGGGAUGAAACUAAGCUUUGGAGACUCCACAGCACUCUUCCCAGUGCAGUAGUUCGCUCCCCGUGUGCUGGAGAGUGUCGUGUGCUGAGACAGGCGGGCACCCGCACUGGCGGUGCUACAGCCAGAGCCCAGGGGCAGGGGGACUUGGAAAUCACUGAUCUUUAAAGCACUGUUAUUUUUUUAAUCAUGCUGAAUAAAGUAAAUGCUGGACAGUUGUUUUGUGGCUGCCAGGCCUGUCGGCCCUGUACUGGUUCAUAUGCAGUUAUCUAUUACUUUAAUUGUAUUGUGCAUAUUAAAUAUGUCAAGCAUUCCGCCAGAACAGAUCUAAAGGCAUUUAAGGAGGGGGGGGCUGUACUUGCUGGUGGAGGAUUGGUCCUCAGAUGUUAAAAAGCUGGAUUUUUUUUUAAUUCUGAUCUAGAAUAUUCUUGUUUCCUGUAGUCUGGGCUGCUUUCAUAAAUAGUGAGUGUGUAUGUGUGUGCGCACGUGUGCAAGGACCUUUGCUGUCUCUGAAUGGUGCCCCUAUCCCAACGUCAUGCCAAUAAAACCUUUACCCCACCCACCCCAUCGGUUUUCGUGUGUAUGCCAGAGUGGAAAGAAAAGGUGUUCGGUUUCUGUGGGGUUUUAGCAUUUCAAAGCUUUCUCCUAGGACUGUUUGUCCUUCACAACCUGCAAGGAACCGGGGGCUAUUUUAACGUCCAGCUUCAGGCUGGGGAGUGACAGAAAUCUGAGAAUAACCAGGAGCUGCAAUAGCU